UAUUAUCAUCUGAUGACUCCGAAAUACUAUUAAAAAAAUGGAUUGAAGUCACAUGGGACCGAGCUUCUUGGAAAUGAGUUGGAACGGGCUAACAUCAUGUCUGACAGCAGCAGAGCACUUCCUUCACAUGCCGUGACACAUACAUUCUGAACAGAUGCUGCUGUCCAGACUAAGACGAGACGCAAAACCCUCCGAAAUCAUUCACAGUGUUUUCUUUCAAUUUUGUGACAUGAUCCGAUCGAAGCAUCGCCUCCAGUAGCAGUUCAGCAGUGUAGUCGAUUCCUAACUCCAAUCCUGUGCAAUUUUGCGACCAAUUGGUCUAUCUAGCUAAAGAUCUUAUCUCCUUCGAUGGCCAGUUGUGUGAAUCUUGUCGAUCAAGCUUAAUCGAAAGGAGAGCCGACGGGUGUAGGGAACGUCAUCUGAGCCGCUUUCUCUUCAAGGCAGACACUUCUGAUUACAGAAGGCGAGAAUCAUGACGGGGACUUAUGCCCCUCCAGGGUAUAUGGAGGCGCCGCAGGGCGAGCCACUUAUUGAAGAUUCUUCGUCUCACCUGAAUUUUGACGAGCACGCUCCACGGCAGGGUCAGCUGCGUUGGAGCUCUGGCAUUUGUGCUUGCUGUGAUGACGUACCAAUCUGUUGCUUGGGUUGCUGGUGCCCUUGUGUACUUUUCGGCCAAAAUGUUGAGAUGCUCGAAGGGAAGCCGUGGAUUGGACCUUGCCUCAUGCAUUUCUUGCUCUGGGGUGUCGUAACGGGCCUUUGUUGUGCGUUAACGGAGGGUACUAUUGUUGGCGUUCUUGGUUCAUGUGUACCCUGCUAUGUUUGCAGCUAUAGAAAAGCACUGCGUACAAGAUAUAACUUGGAGGAUGCACCAUGCGGUGAUUUUUUGACCCACCUCUGCUGUCACAUGUGUGCCAAUUGCCAAGAACAUCGGGAGUUGACCGAGCGGACAUCCACAGGAGUGGGACUACCUGUUGUAGUUCCACCUCCGUUACAAGUUAUGGGUGCACCUCCUUCCGUGAUGAAGCACACACAUCCUCAAGGUCAUGUUGAUCCAUUCUGAUUUGUGAAAUAAACUAAGAUACUAGAUACAAGAAGCUUGUGGUUUGGUCUUCGGAUCGUAGCUCCACCCCAAUUUAGAGAAUAGAAAUUUGGUCUCAUGUUGUUUCUCCUGAAGUAUAUCCUCUUCCAGCGAUGUGUAUCAUGUCAAGAUGACAAGCAUUUGCGGAAGGUUUUAGUGCUGGCUAGUGACCUACGUCGAGUUAUUCUGGAGUAUGACCACCUACUUUGAACACCUCAUGCAGUCUUACGGGCAGGUUUUUGCAAGAUAAAAGUUUUCCAGUAGCUUUCAUAUACAAUGCAUUGACUGGUAGAAAAGAUAGGACGUGGGGAAGAGUGACGCAAGAUUUUAGCGACUUGAAGCUGUCGCUUGUAACUUUUGCGCACAUAUGAGAUUGCAUCAUGAACAAGAGCAUGCUAUCUCGACACAUGGAAGUUGUACUGACUGUCCUUUACUUUCGUAUAAAAGAUC